AUGACGGCGCCACACAAUUAUGACCUCACUGGCACACUCUUGGGCACAGAAGUACCGUUGAAUAGUCCGGUUAUCACGUGGAAGGACGGACACACGACAAUCCUCCCAGCCGUUUACGAUGAGAAGAAGAACAAUCUUUGUGAAGCUGUGGACAUUCCAAUCAUCCGGUAUCUGGCCAAAUGUCCAGAAUCUACACCUCACUCGCAAUACGUUACACAUUUAUCAAAUGCUGAUAUUCCACCAAACAUGAUGGAGGACGUGGUAAGCUCAGCACUUAGUCUAAAUAAACCAGUCGUCAUUAGAGGGAUUGGGCAACAUGCUGUUGAAGAAGAGUUGACGGCGGAUUUUCUCGACAAACACUACGCGAUAUCGCCACAUAGAGCCGUAUGGAUACACGACGCCAAGUCCCGCGCAAUAGAUCAUACGAAGGUCACGACUGCAGGCGUCCUGAAAUCUUUUUGUGAAUCUAUGAAAGAUCCGGAGAAGAUACAAUGCGUGUUGGAUAUCCCUCUCGCUCAGACAUCACUCCAAGAUCAAUUGAGAAAUCUCGAUCACGGUCUCGCUCAUGGAUGGAAUCACACCACAUACGACGUUCAAAUCACAUCAAACGUCCAUCCGGAAAAUUUCACUGUGAAGGGUUGGGGUCUACUUCACCACGCUGGAUUCUUGACAUACCCCCACCAUGACGCUGAGGGGAGCCUAACAUGGGUCAGGAUGGAAGUUGGAAUGAAGUUCUGGGUGGUGUUCCGACCCAUCGAUCGACAUGACGAUCGUAAGCAUCUCCAGGACAUGGCGAUCAAGCUAGGAGAUUUCACAGAAAACGAAGUUUGGAUAAGAGCGAACUGUCGCGCCGAGGUCAUCACUAUCAUGCCUGGAGACACGUUGAUAAUUCCUCCGGGUCAAUUGCAUGCUGUAUAUACACCGGUUGCCUCUUUCGCCACAGGGGGACACUUCUAUCAUUAUGGGUGCAUGCACCUCACCGAAAUCUCUCGAUACCUUGAUGUUGUUGUUGGAGACUGUUUGACAAAUCAGGCGCUCCAUAAUGCCCUAGAGACCCUCAGACGCAUGAUGAUAGGAAUACCACGUUUGUCUCCCAGAAUAUCAUUGUACAAAAGACCCCUGCUCGCGCUAUGCAUAAUGGUCUUGCAGGGAAAGCAAUAUCGUGCUAAGGGAGGACAUAAAUCUGCUGUCGCAGAUACGGAAACAGCAGCACUCAGUAAAGAGAUAUCGGCUGCUAUCGCGUCCCAUCUCGGAGUCACAAAGCGCAAGUCAGCCUCUAUGUUACUAUACAAAGGUGAUCAGUUUGAGAGAGGGGCGCUCGUUGUCAGGGAAGAGCUAGACAAGGCGCUCAUUCGAUUUACGGAACUUUAG